AUGCGGAUCUCCUUCCUCCUUCUCACCGCCUCUCUGUGUGCCUUGGUCCUCCUCCUCGCACCUGCCUCGGAGGGCUGCGGGCCGGGGAGGGGGUACGGCAAGAGGCGGCUCCCGAAGAAGCUCAUCCCGCUUGCGUACAAGCAGUUCAGCCCCAACGUCGCCGAGAAGACCCUGGGAGCCAGCGGGAGACCCGAGGGCAAAAUAACGCGCAACUCCGAGCGCUUCAAAGAACUGACGCCGAAUUACAACACAGAUAUUAUCUUCAAAGAUGAGGAGGACACGGGCGCCGACAGGCUCAUGACCCAGCGUUGCAAAGACAAGUUGAACUCUCUGGCCAUCUCUGUCAUGAACAUGUGGCCGGGCGUUAAGCUGAGAGUGACAGAGGGCUGGGAUGAGGACGGUCAUCACUCAGAGGACUCGCUGCACUACGAGGGACGUGCCGUCGACAUCACCACCUCAGACAGGGACAGAAAUAAGUACGCCAUGUUGGCCCGGCUGGCCGUAGAAGCUGGAUUUGACUGGGUCUACUACGAGUCCAAAGCCCACAUUCACUGUAGUGUCAAGUCAGAACAUUCUGUCGCAGCCAAAACCGGUGGUUGUUUCCCUGGUGAUGCUCAGGUUGUCCUCGAGGGCGGGGCUACUAAGCAGGUGCGUGACCUCCACCCUGGCGACCGUGUCUUGGCUUCUCCAACAACAGACGGUCGCGGCCCUCUUCUCUACAGCCCGGUCUUAUCCUUCCUGGACCGCCAGCCCAACAUCACAAAGAUCUUCUACAUCAUUGGCACCAGCGCAGGACUUAAUAUUACUCUCACAGCUGCUCACCUGAUCUUUGUCACAGACUGCGCUGGUGGCCUGAGUGAGCCAAAGUGGGAAGAGACAGGCGAGGAGCCGCUUUUGGGCUCCGUGCGAGGGGGCAGGCCUGGCCGGGAAGCAGGUCUGAGGACAGUUUUUGCCAGCGAGGUACGGCCAGGACAGUGCGUGCUCACGUCACAGGGGAAAGCGGGGUCACGUGCUUCACUUUCAGCCGUGACCUCCGUGGAAGAGCGGAGGAGCGCCGGGCUGUAUGCCCCACUAACCCAGCAUGGGUCCAUAGUGGUGAACGGUGUGCUGGCUUCCUGCUAUGCUGCUGUGGACAAUCACCAUUUGGCCCACUGGGUCCUGGCCCCACUGAGGUUCUUCUACAGCCUGAUGGGACCUUCAGAACCGCAGACUGACAGCCUGCACUGGUACCCCUGGCUUCUGCAGAGGCUGGGGCAAAUGCUGCUGGACGCUGGACACUUCCACCCCUGGGGGAUCGAACAAGGACAUAGAUAG